AUGAAAGUUCUGCUCAGCAACCACCCAGACGAAACGCGCAUCCUGUUUGACUACAAUAAAACAAUGUUGAAGUCAUCCCCAUUACACUCUGCAUCUGUCGCAUCAGGGUUGCUAAAAUGCUUCUUGGGUGCCCACCCUCUCCUUCCUGCAACGUACGAAAAAUGCGGUUUGACCACCUCGUGUCGACGAAGUACGACGAUUCACUCCCCGGCCAAAAUUUGGCAACCUCCUUCAUGCCGCUAUUUUAGCAAAUCUCGUCCUAUACUUUCGCCAUUACCAGAAACGUCUGAGCAGUCAUCGCCCAGCUACUUGUCAACCGCCAACAAACCUCCUGGAACUGACGAACAGGGGCUCAAAUCCGAUCGCGGAGAUAUUAAUUCCGAUUCUAAAUCAACUAGCAAGACCUCCCGUUCUAAAAAAUCAAAUGUCCCUCGCAGUUCAAAAUCUACAACACAGAAACGGGAAAAACCAGAGAAGCCUCGGGAACUAGAACCUUGGCAAAUACAGAAACAAGCUUUAAAGAAGAAGUUCCCUGAGGGAUGGAAUCCGCGAAAGCGCCUUCACCCAGAUACCCUCGAUACUAUCCGACAUUUACACCAACAGGACCCAAACAUAUAUUCGACCCCUGCCCUCGCACAGGAAUUCAAGGUGUCUCCAGAAGCAAUUCGGCGCAUCUUAAAAAGCAAAUGGCAACCGACUCCGGAGGUUGCUGCAGAACGGCGGGAACGGUGGGAAAAACGCCGGAAACGAAUUUGGAACCAGCUGUCGGAAAUUGGGGUUCGACCGCACAGGCCAAGCUUUGCUGAUGUUUCAGAUACUAAAGUCCUUGAAAAAAAGCGCCGCACCGUCGGCUCAAAGUGACAUAGCUGGUUAAUAUUUUUUGGAGCAUGGCGUACUACGGAGUUCAUUUGUAGGUUGAUGUUAGCUGGGUUGAGAAAUGCCCCCAAAACCAGGAUAAAUAUGCCUGAGACGUAUAUUGUACGAUACCAUAUCCCAUUGUUGUAAUAUAUAAUUGAAGAUUUUAAAACGAAUACACCCAUGCAGUUGUUGAUGGCAAGUUGAACAACUACACUUCAAGAACUGGAGCUUGUGCGCCAUAGCUGGGCGCUAAGCGCGUCAGCCACACUUCCGC